CUGGUUUGUUUGUUUUUUUGUUGGGCUGACUGCCCGCAUCUGAAUUCAUUUUGCAGCAUGCUCAAGUGUGAGACUUAAAGCAAGGUCAGCAAAUCGGAAAACACGUUCCACCGUUCCACCAUGCCCGAACCACGAGGGCCAGAAGGAAAAGAGGCGCCCGGAAGGGCACUCGUCAGGGUGGCCGGCGGCCUGCGGAGCAGAAACUGCUCAGCUUUGACUUAUGUGUUGAGAAGACCUCGCCUGGAGGAUCUGAAUGAGGAUGCGCAGCAGAACUUUCAGCCAAAGCUCUUGACCUUCGUCUUGAAGACCUUAGUCAAAGCUCCUGACUUGGAAGCUGCAACCUCUUUGGUCCCGAGCCCUUUGAAAGCGAAAUUGGAGGUUACAGAGCCAGCAUGAGCACAUGCGGAAGCGUGGGCCGCUGGCAGCAAGCAUGGAACCUUUUGAGCUACAGCCUGCGAUUGGAGCUACGUGUGAAUUAGAUUACGUACAACUUGGCCAUCAGUGCAUGCGACCUUUUCGGUUGACCUCAGGAGAAAAUGGCACAUGAGCCAACAUUGAAAGCACUGACGAAAGUGAAAUGCACAUUGGGCAUGGGUUGGCGCUGCAAUUUUAUGUUGAUAUGCGCAUUCUGUGCAGUUUUCGGAUGAAUAUGAGUAUGAGCCACUG